AUGCCCAACCACGUGGUCCUUCCCUUGCCAGGAACCCAUAGGCCUUCACUUGGCAUAACCGACUUCGAAACUCCUCCAGUCAUGAAGCAGAUGGACACGACUGGCGUAAUGAUAGGCCCACCAAUAUCGCAAAUCUCCUUCUGGAUAACGUAUUUCCUCGUUCUAGUUUAUCCCCACGAUGCUGCGUCGUUCUGUUUCCUUGCUUGCCGCGAGCUCUUUGUGCCUGGCCGCUCCCGCCAGCCUAAAGAACGGGCCGCCGCCUCUUCCGGGAGCUUCAAUGUCUUGUCCAUGAACGUCGCCGGUCUCCCCGCCAUUCUCAAUCCCAACGGCGAAGCCGGUGACAAGACCACAAACACGAUGUACAUCGGCCAGAAAAUGUCGCAAAUCAACUAUGGGAUCAUCAACGUCCAAGAGGACUUCAACUAUCAUGCGACGUUGUACCAGUACGACACCCACCCGUUCCGGACCGCAACUUCGGGUGGCUACGAUUGGGUCGACUUUGAGCGUAUCAAAUGGGACCAGUGCAGUAACGCAUCCGAGAGCGACUGUCUGACACCCAAGGGAUUUACCUUUAUGCGGCCUGGCGACGAAGUUGCAAGGCGCUCGAAUAUCCAGCAGGUUGCCGACUUUAUAAACACCCACUCGGCUGGUAAUGCAGUAAUCGUCUUUGGAGACACCAACUCGCGCUACACUCGUUCGGAUGACAACAUCCGCCUGUUCACCACUCAGAACGGCCUCACAGACGCAUGGGUACAAGCAAUCGGAGGCAAAGCCCCCGCAGCUGGCGCAGAUGCAAUCGUCGUCGACAAGGUCUUCUACCGUGGAUCGCCGAUAAUUAACCUCAAGUCCUCCGGGUUCUUCUACGACACGUCGCGGUUCCUGUCCCCAGACGGACACACGCUAACCGACCACAACCCUAUUCGAGUGGACUUUGGAUACACGCUCUCGUCCGGGUUGCGCCAGAGUGACCUGUACGGAGGUCCUCACGGCAACUGGUUCAACGACCUUUCCUCGCUUCCCUCGUCUCCCAAACUCGCCUCCAUCACUCUGCGCGGCGCCAACCGGCUCGACGGAUUUUCCCUCGCCCUCACCUCGGGCCGCACAUUUACGCACGGCGGGUCGGGCGGGGACGCUUAUUCGCUCGCACUGGGCUCGGGAGAGUACAUCACGUCGGCGACGACGAACAAGGGAAAGAGUGUUCAGGCUGGGAAAACUACGGGCGAUUGUGCGACUGCGACUGCGCCGAGUGGGUACGGUGUGGUUGGAACGUAUGGGCAGGACGGAGACGAGGUGGACCAGCUUGGGUUUAUUUAUGCCCAGCAGUAG